ACAUCUCCCACUUUUGUCUUGGAACUGCUUCACACUCAUACUGCACACACACACGUCCGCUCUCUCCAUCGCAUCGCCCACACACGCUGCACACGACAACUCCCUGCACGACGACGCCGUCCACUGCCAAUCACCAGCGUGCAUCCUCCCACGGCCUGCAUCCGCGACACCGCCAGACGCACUCCAAGCAGCAAACCCAAAAGCCCCGCCUAGGCGGCAGUGUCAUGAGGACAGAGAACUUGGCUUGAUUUGGACACUACCACUACGCUGCCAUGUCGGACCAGCCUCACCUCAAGAGCCGGUCGCAGCCAGAGCUCGGAACCUCUGGCCUCUCGUCGCGCCCGCUGCCCGUCGGCUCUACUCGCGCCGGCUCUACUGACGAAGGAGCCCCGUCUCCCUAUGGGCCCGUCUCCACCCCCGGCCUCUCCCGCUCCAACUCGUUCUCCAACAGCUCCUACCACGAUGACUCGGACGUCGACGACUCGUCCUUCUUCCCGCCCGUCGAGCGCCUGACCAUGUUCGACUUCAUCGAGAACCUGGCCCUCCCACAGCGCAUCGAGAAGUUCCAGAACUCGAUAUCCUCGCAGACGGACAAGCUGAGGAAGCAGGCCAAGACCCGCGGCAUCACCAAAGACCGCGUCGUCGAGGAGUGGCGCCGUCGAGUGCCCACCGAGGGCGAGCAGCUCGACCGGUACAAGCGCCGCAUGCGCCAGUCGGUGGACCGCCUUAACAAACGCUGGGAGGAGUCCAUCACCGUCACGGCGCGGGAGAAGGUGUCUUUCAUAGCCGCCGUCAUCAACAUCUUUGUCUCGGGGUAUCUGGUUGGACUGCAUCCAGACUUCUUUCCCCACUGGUACACCGCCCAGCUGCUCUUCUUCAUGCCCGUGCGCUACGUCACCUACCACAAGAAGGGCUACCACUACUUCCUCGCCGAUCUCUGCUACUUUGUCAACAUCCUGCUCGUCCUGAGCAUCUGGGUCUUCCCGCAGUCUAAGCGGCUGUUCAUAUCGACCUACUGUCUGACCAUGGGAAACAACGCCGUGGCCAUCAUCAUGUGGCGCAACUCGCUGGUCUUCCACUCCAUGGACAAGGUAGUCAGUCUCUUCAUCCACAUCAUGCCUUGCGUCACACUCCACUGCAUCGUCCACCUGCUCCCCUCCGAUUACCAGCAAGAACGAUACCCAGCCAUCUACAACAUCCGGCACUCCGACCCCUCCUCCCCCCACCACUACAGCCUCCUACAAAUGCAGCUCUGGGCCACAAUCCCCUACGCCGCCUGGCAACUAGCCUACCACUUCCUCAUCACCGUCCGCCGCCGCGACAAAAUCGCUGCCGGCCGCCCCACAAGCUUCACCUGGCUGCGCAAAUCCUACGCAAAAACCUGGAUCGGCAAACUCGUCCUCUCGCUCCCCGACUUCCUCCAAGAAUCAGCCUUCAUGUUCAUCCAGUACUCCUACGCUGUCGUCACCAUGCUGCCCUGCCCAGUCUGGUUCUGGUACCGCUGGCCCAGCGGCUUGUUCCUCAGCGUCGUCUUCAUAUGGAGCGUGUAUAAUGGCGCGACCUUCUAUAUCGAUGUCUUUGGGAAUAGGUUCCAGAAAGAGCUGGAGGCGCUGAAGAAGGAUAUUGCUAAGUGGCAGGCGUCGCCUGAUGGUACUUUUACUCCGUUUACCCCGUUUACGCCGAAUGAGGCGGGGACGGAGAAGCAGUUGGGGCAUAUACCGCCGCUGGAGGGGAGUUCGAGUUUGAGGCCUGGGGAUGGGGAGGCGAGGGAGAGGAGGUAG